AGUCUUGUACAGGGUUGUGUUUUUAUACGGAAGCUGAAGUCUUGUUCAACUGCUAAAUUAGUUCUAAAUGCCUAUUAUGUUUUUUUAUGUUCAUUAAUAAUUGUAUGUUGUAACCCUAUGGGGUAGCUCAACUGGAGCUAAAAAUGUUUUUGUGUGGCAAAGGAAAGUAGUUAGAUUUAUUGCUGGUGUUAGUAAUGGAGAUUCUUGUAAGAAUUACUUCAUUAAUUUUAGUAUUUUAACUUUGCCUUGUAUAUUUAUUCUGUAUAUUUUAUUGUAUAUCAAAGACCAUUUUAACAAAUUAACCUUAAGAUCUCAUGUACAUAGCCAUAAUACAAGAAGCAAAGAAAAUUUUGAUUUUAGCUAUGUUUGGCUAGAGAAAUCUAAAACUACCCUAAUUCAUAUAGGCAUAAGAUCUUUUUUUAAUGCCAGUACCAUACAGAAAUAUGCCCUAUAAAAGAUGUAACGCAAUUAUAGAAAAUUAAAAAAAGAAACAAAGCAUACUACUCAGUUAAGAGGAUAAUCUAGAUGAUUUAGUAUGACAUGUAAGUAGGCCUAUCUAGGCUAGCAUAAUAAUUGUAUUAUGUUUAAUUUCAGAAAAAGUUGACUACCUAUUUAUUACACUGUAAACUGUGCGUAACGACAUUAAAGUUUCUUAUGGAGAUUAUAGUAAAAAAAACAAACAAACAAAAUGUUUUACAGGUAGGAUAUGGUAAAGUUUGUUAAAAACAAACAGAUAUACAUUGUAUGAGAAAGUUUGUUAAAAACACACACACAUAGAUAAACACUGUAUGAGAAAGUUUGUUAAAAACAUACAAACAGAUAGACACUGUAUGAGAAAAUCUUUUUUUAAACAUACAAACAGAUAAACACUAUACGAGAAAGUUUGUUCAAAACAUACAAACAGAUAGACACUGUAUGAGAAAGUUUGUUAAAAACAUACAAACAGAUAGACACUGUAUGAGAAAAUCUUUUUUUAAACAUACAAACAAAUAAACAAUGUAUGAGAAAGUUUGUUCAAAACACACAAAUGGAUAGAUACACUAUACUAUUUAUUGUCUUUGAGAGGGUGAUUACUGAUUUUAUCUCUACAGCCUAUGCAAACUUGAGCUAAUGAGAGUGUCAAUGAUAUUUACUUAAUAGAUUGUCAAUGUCCAUGGAUACCAGCAUAGCCCAGCACCAGGACUGUUAGAUUAUGACAACAGCUGAUUGUCAGUAGUAAUCAACUUUCCUGCAAGUCGUUGGUAGUGGGAUAUCCUGUUUGUAGAAUCCUGCCAUAGGAAGACUACAGUAGUCAAUCUCUGGAUAGUGCUCUCUUAUAUUUUUAAAAUAUAAUUUUUAAUUGUUUAGAUUUAUUAUUGGCACAUUAACAGCACAUGCUAUGGUUACAAAUUAUGUUUUAAGAUACAUUAGACUCUUUUAGUGGAAAUUAUUACUUAAAUUCACAGUUAAAUGUAACAAUGAAAACAUGUGCUUCCAACAAAUGUUGCAGAAUAUGCAACAAACAGUUUGCUCGGAGCAGCCAGCUCACUCAACACUCAAAGUCUCACAAUUACGAGAAACCCUACAACUGUUCCAUGUGCAGCGCUGGUUUUAUUUGUCGUACGAAUCUGAUGAACCACAUCAAACGGCAUGAGGGCGCUGCAGAUUACAUCUGUCACUUGUGUGGGAAGAGUUUUGUUAGGCGAGACGGCUUGAAAACUCAUCUCGACUUCCAUGCGGACCUGAAAACUUCUCACUGUAAGAUUUGUAAUAAGAAGUUCAAGGGUCAUUUAAUGCACCACAUUCGGACACAUUUGAAGGAGAAACCACAUGCUUGCUCUCACUGUAACAUGCGGUUUGUGCAGCGCUCUCAGCUUACGGUUCAUGAGCGCGUGCACAGUGGCAUUCGUCCAUAUCGGUGCCAGGUGUGCCACAUGGCGUUCUCUCACUCUACAGCUCUGAAGAUGCACGUUAGACGUCACACAGGGGAGAAGCCCUUCAAGUGCCUCAUCUGUCCUAACAAAGCCUUCAAUCAACUCCCCCACCUGAAGAAACACAUGCUCACCAUACACAAAACCGAUAAACCAUACAUGUGCGUGGGCUGUCAGUCAUUUUUCAAAACAAAAAGCGUGCUUUUGGAGCAUGAAAGUGGCUGCCAGCUAACCAAUACCUCUGGAAAGAAAAACUUGACUAACUCAGCACAAAUGUCAAUAGAGAAGAUGAGGUUGUUGCUGGCAUGCCUCUUCCAAAAAAUAUCAUCCCAAGAGAAGUUAGAUACAUUGGGCUAUGGGAAAGUAUUGAUAGAUGAGGUUCUGUGUUCAUCAAUCGAGAAUUCAGGGCGAAAACCUUGUCGAGAUGAUAGUUUAGACGAACUAGAAUUAUUGAAGAGAAACAUAGAAAUUCUUCUGGAUUGGACAGUGCCCAAGAUGUACAUGGAACGGUUCCGCAGAGAACAACGUACGGUUGAAGAUCUCUUGGAGGAAUUGACUACGUGACAACAAUGUAAUGUCAUCUUCAUAUCAUUUCAAUCUUGCGUAGCGAGAACAAUAAUCUGUCUUGCCUUUAUAUUUGUGUUAGUCAUUGAGUCAUAGUUAUUUAGUUCUGCUACAAGCUGUUCACCAAAGAUAAGUCUUGCCAAAGAUGACUAAUAGUUUACAUCAUUAAAAAUUGUUAUUAGGAUAAUAAUAAGAAAACUAAAGGCCUUUAGUUCUCAUAUCACUAUUUAUGAGUAAAGUUUGUGACUUGAAAUUUACAAAAUUUCUUUCAAUUGCUCAAUUACUGUAGUUGUAUUUCUUGUAGUUCAAAAAAAUCAAGAAUGCCUACGAUUAAAACCUAGUUUGAAGCAUAAAUUGAAACAAUAUGUAGCUAUCAAAAUACAAUAUUGUCUACUUUUUUAAAACAUAACCAAUGCAAAGCAUGUAGUUUUAGUUCCAGAUGAUGUUUAGGUUUAUAAUAAGAGUGUGAGUAAAGUAUUACCAAACUUUUGUUUCCUUGGUUGGUGAACUUAAAGCAGGCAGCCAUGAAAAAUGAGUAGUGGUGUACACAGUUCUAUCUCCUCACUACUGUUUUGUUCAUUAGUUUAGCCACAACAUGGCAGAAGUGAUCUCAGCAGUGGUUUUUAAUGCAGGUCGGUUAUAAAAUACCUAAGGUUUGCUAUACUCUAUACUUGUAAUUUUUUAUAUGUGAGUUUUCAACCAAUCUGUAUAUCAACAUAUUCAACACAAAAUAAUUUCUUUUUUGUUGGUAAUGAUAUAGGAGUAAAUAUUUGAGUUAUUAGUGGCCAAAACUUCUUACUCACCAAAUAACAGUGUUUUAUAAUCUAACUUUGGAACCAGCCCAGAGUUUGGUGGUUAAAAUCACCAGUGCUGCUGAAUCGUGGUUGGAACUUGAACUUGUGCCUUGGAUAUGGCUGUAAUGGUGAGUAAAACAAAUGUUGAGAUAGGAUUGUGUCCAUGCCUUGUGUGUGUAUAUAAUACUUCUGGCUAGCAGUUUGCCUUGUUCAGAGUACCAAUCAUCAAAGCAAAAAAAAAUUAAUUUAUAUUUUACUCAACCUUGUAUUUUAGUUAUUAUUUUAAUAUCAAGAAAUAAUAAUCCAAAGGUUGUAAAAAUCAUCCAAAUAAUUAAUUAGACUUUCCCACAAUUUAGUUUUAGUUUUUAAAAAUGUAACAUGAAAAAAACUUUGAUAGAGUUCAAAUUAAUUAUAUUGUUUAGGAGUUGUUGAAUAAUAUAUAAUUUUAGCUAAUUGAUAUGUUUAUCCUAUAUUUAAAGUGGUCACAUAAUAAAUGCAUUAUGCAUAAUAAAUAACAAUUUAUUGCUAAUUAAAGAAACCAAAGCUUUAAUUUUCGUUUUUUUAUUAUAUUGAACAAUUAAUUUAAUUGGUAUUUACUUCUGUUUAAAAAAUAGCAUUAAAUUUAUUCUUCUUCUAGGCAACAUUUAUUUUUAUGUUUUAAUUCAUAGUGAAAGCUUGUAUGAUCCUAUACAGAUUCUAUUUCAAGGUGUUUUAAUUAUAAAACCCUUUUUAAUAUUAAUCACCUAAAUAUGUGAUAAAUAUAAAGUCUUUUUUAGGUAAUCUUUUUUGUAAUUGAACAAGUCUGUCAAUUACAAAGCUUCUUUUACAAAAGAACUUGUUUAAAAAUAUUGUUUAACUGAACUUAUAUUAUGUAUUGAAUAAUAGAGUUGUUUAAUUUCAUAUUUAUUAAAAUACAUAUUGAUAAAUUCCAUUAGUUCAAUUAAUAUCAAUUAAUAAAUUAUGAAAUUUCCUGGUUGUAUGAAAACCUUGCUCACAUAAUAUUGUAAACAAAUAUAUAAAAUUGUAUGAAAUAUAUAAUAUAAUGUAGUAAUAUAACAUCAUUAUUUAUGAUACAUUGAAAGAAAUAAAUAGACAUAAUAUUUUGUUGCUUGUAUAUUUUUCAAGUUAAUAUAUUUGUUUACUCACUAAGUUUAUAUUUGCUUUAAAUGAAAAGUUUUGCUUUUAGAUAAUUUUUUACUUUCAUGCAUAAUUUUAAAUGUGUAUCUGUUUUCGAAAUAUUCAUAUAUGUUAAAAGUUUUUUCAAUUAAAAGGUUUAAUUUAAUUUUUUAAAUGAAACUUUCUUUUUAUAAUAGAAUUUUUAAAUUCUUGCAUAUUCAUGCUGCAUCACAGUACCUUCAACAUGUGUUCAUAACAUUAAAGCUACAUUUAAUGUUAGUAGUAUGUUUGUACUUUAUCAUAUUUGUGUAUUAGUAGAAUUUCUGAUAAAUACAAAAAUUAUAAUUUAAUGCACAUAUUUAUUUUGUGUGACAAAGAAUUUACAGGUUUUGUAUUUUAUUUUUUUUAUUGCAUGCAUUUAAGUAAUGCACAAUCACAAUCACACAUUUCAUUUAAACAAAAUUACAAAGUAUUUUUAUGAAGUGAUUUUUACGUGUGCACAUAUUUUAAGCUGUAUCUUCAAAUUUGUUUUAUUUUAUUUUAAUUAAUAAUGUUGGUGCACCAGUCAGGAAUAUUCUCAAUAUGUCAGUAUUUUCUUGUAAUUCAAGGUAUUUUGUGGUGAAUAUUUUUACAAUUUAGAUGCCUUGAUUAUGGACUGGUUUAUUAAGGAGUCUUUAUGAUUAUAAAAGUUAAUGAAAUAUAUCAGGAAAAUAAUAUGAAAUAAUAUACGUAAAAUAUUUAUGUAGUUUACAGUUAGUUAGUUACAGUUAAGUUAGUUACCUUUUCCCAUAUUUUUUAAGAGUAAAACUUACAUUGCCAACUAGGCAAUUCUAUGAAAAUGCAAUUUUGUUGUAGAUUUGGUAUAGCUCAGAAAUGAAUGAUACAUAAACUUGUUAUUCAAUAUAACUAAUAAUAAGCAUACAGUUUCCAAAAUAAAUUGAUGUUUUGUGGUGAGCCUUUUCAAAUAAAAAUUUUAUGUUUAGGCGACACCAGAAAUAAAUUAUGUUGUUAACAUAAGAUUCUUGCGUAAUGAGUUAGAAAUAGAUUGUGCUAAUCAAAUGGUUCCAAUUUGUUUCUGUACUGGUUGUGAGUUAAUGCCAAUAAUUUUUAGUCAAAUGUACAUCACAAAAUACCUUGAAAUUUCUUCGAUCUCACUUAACAAAUUCAUUUUGUACAAAUAGAUUUAUGUUGGUAGAAUCAGUCCUGUAUAAUUGAGGAGGAGGUAGUUAGGUUCUGUAAGCCUUAUAAUAUAAACACUAGCUUUAACAAAAUGAUGUAUAUUUUUCUAACUCAGUGUAAUCGUGCUUGUAGACUGUAGCUGGGUUGCUUCUGGUGUUGGUUUGGUGGUGGUUCCCAUACUUAUGUUGAUCCUUUUAUGUGUUUUCAGGUCUUGUAUAUUUCUUCCUCAAAAUUGCUCCAUUGUUUGUCAGGUCAUCAAAGCCCAAAUCGUUUCAGUCAAUCUUGAAACUCACUUAUUCAAAUGAAGGAAUGAUUACAAGUUUCUCAAGAUUACUUACAAAGAAUCGAUAAUGAAUGUAAAAUCAUUUAGAGUUCUAAAUCUUGAUUACUCAAACUAUAUGAAAGAAUCAAAGUACAGCGAGCUAUGUUGGAAUACUCUACAAACAUCUUAAAGUUAUAUUGAUUUAUUGAUGUUCUGUUUUAGUAACAAAUAUUACUACUAUCUUUACAACUACAGUAUAUAAAAGAAGUCUCAAUUAAAAGACUAGUCUUUGUAGCAUAAUUCUAUGAUUUAACAAAUGUUUGGUUUCAAAUAAGAGUAACAUUUCUUCUAAUCUGCUUGUAUGUUUUAUUAGUAUAAAACUAUGUCAAAGAAAAGUUCGUGGCCUUGACAAAAAGACUGGAGGUUUCUGUCCAAAACUGCUGAAAUAACUUUUGUCAAAUAAAAACAUAACACAUGCUUUUCUAUAACACCCUCUUUGGUGUUGGGUUUGAAAUAUCUCAAUUCCAAAGAUCUCCAUGAACCUGCUAGUCCAUUGAAAUUUAAAAUAUAAUAAGGUUCCUAAAUGAACAGUCAUGUAUAAGAUUUUACUUGUUUUGCUUAGAUUUAGUUUAACUUUUUUUCAUAUUUGUUUUUUUUUUCUAAGCAAGUUCUUGUCUCUAGCCAUAAGUUGUUACCAUUUUGUGUUCACAAUCAAAUGUCAUAGUUUAAGUUUAUUUAUACUUAACACAUAGUCUGUAGCUUGUUACCAAAGGUGCCAUUAUAUAAAAAGUGGAACAAAUCAAGGUUUAUUAUUUUUAGCAUUGUCAGUAAAUUUAUAUGGAAAAGGUAAGUUAUAUAUAAAGAGUGGGCCUGGGAUUGUUUGGGUAAAAAAAGCUUGAGGGUAAAUAAAGGUUGUUUUGUUUUUUUAAAUAUUUUUGUUUGUAAUAGGAAAUUUUGUUUAUGGUGUUGUGACAUUUAUGUUUUGUUGGUUGUCAGAGUUUUUAUUUCGAGUUCUUACCAGAUCAACUCCAGAGUAACCAAAGCUUGCCAAAGUUAUUUACUUUAACAAAAAUUAUAUAAUAAGUACUUUUAGUUGUUGUAUUUUAUUUUGUUCACUUUCAUUUAUAUUAUUGUUGUUAUUCUAUUAUUUAUGAUGCAAGAGUGUUUAUGCUAGAGUUGAUGCUUUAUACAUUUUUUAAAACUAAAUUUUGUAGUUUUAUGUGCUUUGUACGUUUUACUGUCAGUAAAAAUGUGCAUAACACAAAAGUGUGGUUUAUUAAAAGCAUUGUGAGAGCUUCUA